AGCCAUGAUAUAGCCCAGUGAAAAUGGAGCUCUGUGUGGCCUAUCAACAGCCUUACAUACGUCCCUAACCACCGCUUCCUGAGGAAUAAAAACGUUACCUAAAUGGUGUUGAGACGCUACCUCUCCAGGCUAUGUUAGAUUGCUUGCGUGGGGGGAGGGGCGCAGGGAAAGAGACGGAAUGUACAAAUCACAGGCCUCGGGAACCACGGCUAGGGGCGGGACCAGCGGCUAAAGAAGAGAACCAGUCCUCCGUCUUCCCAGCAGGCCCCGCGGCGACUGGUCGCCUCUCCUCCCCCAGCCGCACGCUGCGUGCCCACUCGUUGGCUGUUUAGGACGGAAGCUCGCUUGGUGUUUCUCCAGAAGUUUCCCCCUGGGCGGCGGCGGAGCUGGUAACCGCGGUGGCUGUGUCUCGGGCCACCGCAACAGUGUUUUAGGCAUGGCGGCGGCUGCAGCGGGACCUGCAACAGCCCAACGGCUUUUCCAGAGCUUCUCAGAUAAUCUGAUCGAUGAGGACCCCCAGGCGGCGUUAGAGGAGCUGACUAAGGCUUUGGAACAGGAACCAGAUGAUGCACAAUAUUAUUGUCAAAGAGCGUACUGUCACAUUCUUCUUGGGAAUUACUGUGAUGGUGCUGCUGAUGCAAAAACUUCUCUCAAACUCAACCCCAGUAAUAUCACUGCUAUGAUGAGAAAAGGGAUAUGUGAAUACCAUGAAAAAAACUAUGCUGCUGCUCUAGAAACUUUUACAGAAGGACAGAAAUUAGAGAGUGCAGAUGAUAAUUUUAAUGUCUGGAUUAAAAGGUGUCAGGAAGCACAGAAUGGAUCAGAAUUGGAGGCUAGGACUCGGUCAAAAAUCAAGUAUGACUGGUAUCAAACAGAAUCUCAAGUAAUUAUAACACUUAUGAUUAAGAAUGUUCAGAAGAAUGAUGUAAAUGUGGAAUUUUCAGAAAAAGAGUUAUUUGCUUUGGUGAAACUUUCUUCUGGAGAAGAUUACAAUUUGAAACUGAGACUGCUUCAUCCUAUAAUACCAGAACAGAGCACAUUUAGAGUACUUUCAACAAAGAUUGAAAUUAAAAUGAAAAAGCCAGAGGCUGUGAGAUGGGAAAAGCUAGAGGGGCAAGGAGAUGUGCCUGCGUCCAAACAGUUCAUAGCAGAUGUAAAGAACUUAUAUCCAUCAUCAUCUCAUUAUACAAGAAAUUGGGAUAAGUUGGUUGGUGAGAUCAAAGAAGAAGAAAAGAAUGAGAAAUUGGAGGGAGAUGCAGCUUUAAACAAGUUAUUUCAGCAGAUCUAUUCAGAUGGCUCUGAUGAAGUCAAACGUGCCAUGAACAAAUCAUUUAUGGAAUCUGGUGGUACAGUUUUGAGUACCAACUGGUCUGAUGUAGGUAAAAGGAAAGUUGAAAUCAAUCCUCCUGAUGAUAUGGAAUGGAAAAAAUACUAAAUAAAUUAAUUUGCUAUCACUGUA